AUGACACAAAUCUCAUCGACCAUGUACUUGCCUGAAUUUGGAAUGGAGGACCCCACUUUGUUUCAUCAAUACUCGAUGGAUUCCUUUCCAUUACAGCUCGAUGAUUUUGACUUUGAGUCCUUCUCCGCGUCCCCAAAGGAUUCUUCCUCUCACAUGCGCUUGAGCUCCGAAAGCACACAAAACUCUUCCCUCACUCAAAGCCCCGAAACUUCAGUUGCCCCACCAAGACCAACCAAGCAACCCAAGACUACUAUGAGUACCUGGAAUGCUUACGGAACUGACAUGAUGGCUGCCAAGGCUGCUUCCUCUUCAUCCUCCAAAAUCAUCUCCUUUGAAAACUCCAAUGCAUCUUCUGUUUCUUCCCAACAAUUCUACAACCAAGAUGCUGCCAAACUACUGAAAAAGCCCAAAAUUGAAACCGGGUAUGGUGAGAACUUGGAUUUUGCAGCUCUAGCUUGUCAAAGUGCCUAUGACAACAAUAGUUUUCUAGACUAUGAUAAACGAGAGAAAAAGGCUGCAGCUACAAUGGCUAGAAACCCAACCCAAGCUCAAGAUCACGUCAUAGCUGAAAGAAAACGAAGGGAAAAGCUCAGCCAGAGGUUCAUUGCUCUUUCGGCUAUAGUUCCUGGACUCAAGAAGAUGGACAAGGCUACUGUCUUGGAAGAUGCUAUAAAGUACGUGAAACAACUACAAGAACGGGUGAAGACUCUGGAGGAACAAACUGUGGAUAAAACAGUUGAAUCUGCAGUCUUUGUGAAGAGAUCUGUUGUCUUAGCCAGUGAUGAUAGCAUCUCCUCCGGUGAAAACUCCGACCAGUCACUACCCGAAAUCGAAGCAAGAAUUUCUGGUAAAGAGGUACUCAUCAGACUCCACUGCGACAAAAUCAGUGGACGAGCAGCUACUAUACUAAGGGAAUUGGAGAAGCAUCAUCUCACAGUUCAGAGUAGCAGCUUUUUGCCUUUUGGGAACAAUACUCUUGACAUAACUAUCAUUGCAAAGAUGAACAAGGAGUACUGCUUGACUGCAAAGGAUCUCAUAAGAAGCUUAAGCCAGUGUUUGAGACAGCUCUCAUAG